GCACGCAGCUGCUGCAACAAGGGCAGCAGCAGUGGCAGCAAGCGCAGACGCUGUUGUGAGAGGUGGAGGAUACUUUGGUGGAAGACAUCCAGGAGGCAGUGCAAUAAUCUCAGCAGCAGUAUCGUCAGAUCAGAGGCCUCAGAUUGGUUUUAAGGUACCCUGAUUGCACAGGGUUCCCCCCCACCUUGUUCCCUGAUUUGACAGGACUACAUAAAAUUUUUCCGCUGAGCUGACAGGGGUGUCUUAAAAAAAAAUCCUGAGUUAA